GUUUUAUUUGGCUAUUCAAACGAUUGUGACUCGGGAUUUUUCAUACUGAUUCAUAUUUGCAGACAUCUCUUAGAUAAUUAUUUUAUUAAUUAUUGCCAUUAGCAAUCAUUUCAGACAUAAAACGUAAUCGAUCAAAGUUCAACAUGGAUAGUUCAAUGGAAGAAGAAUUAAAAGCUAUUGGGAAAAGCAUCAUGGGGAAGAGAAAAUUGUCAUUGCAAAGAACUCCACCAACUUUCACUGAAAACCAGCUCAAAGAUUUGCGCACAGCAUUUGAUUUGUUAGACAGAGAUCAAGAUGGAAUGGUCACACCAACCGAGCUUCAGUUUAUGCUUCGUAAUUUAGGAAUUGAACUAAGUGAUGAAUUAAUUGAUGGAUUGAUGAAAGAAGCUAGUAAAACUGGUAAUGGAUUGAUAGAUGAAACAGAGUUUCUUCAAUGGAUUGCCAGAAUACAAGCAUUACGUGAAACAGAAACAACCGCCGAAGAUGAUGAUUUGACACAAGAUUUGGUGGCUGCAUUUCGUGUCUUUGAUAGAGAUAGCAAUGGAUACAUAACACUUGAUGAACUACAAAGAGCGAUGCAAAUGAUCGGUGAGAACGUUUCAGAUGCUCAAUUAAAUGAAAUGUUAACAUUAGCAGAUCUGGAUAAGGAUGGAAAAAUAAAUUAUGAAGAAAUUUUCAAAGCAUCUGCUCAAUUUAUUGACCCGAUAACUCCAGUUGUUGAAUCUUCUUCUCAAUAUCAGACGAAAUCACAAUCAAGAAAUGUGCAACCAAAUGAUCAACUUUCAGAGCAAUUACAAGAUGAGCCUCAAAAAUCACAAAAAUCUCAAACACCAGAAAACCAACAAAAUAAUCAAAAUCUAGCAAACUUAAUAGCAUUAACAAUAUCUGAAUCAACACAGCUCAAUGAUCAAAUAAAGAAUGACUUUGCAAGUCUACAUCCACAGUUUUCUUUACGUGAUGCAUCACAAGACGGAAUGGAGCAAUCACGAAAUGGUGCACAGCCAAUAACCCUACAGUUGUUGUGUACUCGUGGAUAUGAUUCAAACUGCGCUCCAUCACAAUCUUACCCUGGGUAUCAAACGAAUUUUAUUUCAAGAUAUUGGAAUAAAGAAGGCAGAGGAUAUCACCCAGCAGACUACAACUCUAAGCAUGACAGAGUCGGACCGUUUCAACUUUUUGAUGAAAAGACAGAUCUAAAAGUUCAAGAUGAUGAAACUAUGAUAAAUGAAGCAACACAUGAUGAAUUCGCUGAUGAUUUUCCUGAAUAAAACUGUAAACUUUAAGUGACGAGUGCCUGUUGCCAUCACUGACAUGAAUAAAAUUUAAUCAAUGAAAUUUAGAUUUAGUCAAAUCAACGAGACAUAAAUUUUUCCAUCUGUCGCCUUAUUGUUUAAUUUUCCCUUAAAAUUUCAGUGUCAGUUUCAAUAGAAUUUAAUGAAGAUUUCUGUCUAAUCUAAAAUAAUAACGAAAACCAAAUCGAUUACAUUUAAGCAGAAUAAAAGUAAUUUUUUUCUCAUUGUCGAUUUUAUCAGAGAAGAUUCCAGGAAUAAAAUGACAGAACAAAAGAAUUGAAAUUUUCUUCUACAAUAAAAUAUCUUUAAGAUGAAUCUACAAUAACAGUAAUUGAAUUUUAAUAAAUAACAUAUCUA